AUGAUAAUAGAAGAAGAUUUCUUCAAUAAAAUUUUCGAAGAAGAUAGCGUCGGCGCGGCUCCCGACACCGCACCUACACGUCCCAUCGCGGCGCGUUCCGUAGCGACGCAUUCCGUUGCCGAGGAACCCGACGAUCAGGACAAUAGACGAGAAUCUUUGUAUCUUUUAGUUUAUGGCGUUAUGGCGUUGUUAUAUAGAGAGUCCGCUAGAUGGCGAGACCAGAGUUGGCGGUUUUUAGACAAGCAAGAAGAAGCUAAGCGCGCGAACAAGCAAGCGAGCGAGCUGCUGCAAACCAAAGACAGCGGAGUUAGCCAGGAAAAAACGUGUUUCACGUGCAAGAAGCCAGGACAUUCGGCUAAGGACUGUAAGAUGGCAGGCGUUACUUGUUUCAAAUGCGGACAACCAGGGCAUAUCAGUUCGUCAUGUCCGAAGAAAAAUACAGGCAAAAGGGAAACAUUGAACUUAGUAGAGGAAGCCAAGUCAUCAGCAACAACAACUCCGAUGAUUGAGCAGGAAGAAGAAGCGGCUGCGUCAAUUUAUAAAAUAGUGAAAAGUAAAGAAAAGGGACUGUGCGUUAGAGUAAAAAGCGUGGACAGUGAAUUAAAUAAUUUUGGAGCAUUGGUGGAUACGGGUAGCCCAGUAAAUUUAGUUAAAAAGUCAAUAUUUGAUAAAUUUUAUAAAAGGUAGAAAAUUUUUU